AUGAACAAGUCUUCCGCCCCGAAAAAGAAACAACACUUAUCCCUCAUUGACGACGAUGAUCCAACCACUGGCCUGGAGCUCCGCAAUUUCCAUCAACCACCUUCUCCUGGUGCCACUGCCAUUUCACCUCAUCAUCGUUGUGAUAGUGGUGCUGGUAGUUCGCCUCAUCACCACCACCAUCAUCAUCAGCAUGUGGGAAUGGAUCAUUUGGAAGACAACGAGAAUGAUGAAGAAAGUUUCAUGAUGAUGGAUGCUCGAGUCGCAUGUGUGCCAAUCUUGACCGACGACGUUGUUCUUCCCAUUGACGGUCAUCGAAUUCCUCCCAAGUUUUACAAGUUUGCGAUUGCCGGCAUUUCGUUGGGUUCCGUACCUGCCAAAAAGUGCCACAUUCUAUUGGUUCUUGGUCUCAUCAUGGCAACCAUGACUACCAUUCUAAUUGCCAACGACACAAGCAACAGCAGCCAAGAAGGUCCAAUUACUUUCAAUUCCACCGACCCAUCUACCAUUAUGAUGAAGCCAUCGGCGUACUACAAGGCACUGGAAUCCGUCUUGGAACCUUCCACCCGAAACGACCCUUACAUUGGCAAGAUAUUCUUGAACAACAACGACACCACCAUGUGGAACGAUCCCAUGUCUCCUCAGUAUUUGGCCAUGGAAUGGAUGGGAUUCCGGGAUGAUCAAUUCUUGGUCGACCAGCUGCAAGAUGUGGCUGCCAUUCAACAGCGAUUUGCUCUGGCCACUUUGUUUUACGCCUCCAACAUUCAAUUGUACCAAGACGGGGAGCACGAGUGGCUCAAGGCGGGUGUCAGCGAAUGCCAAUUUCCUGGCAUUACUUGCAAUGCCCGGGAUCAAGUCAUCAAGAUUGAACUGGUCCGGACUGCCAUGAUUGGGUACUUGCCAAUGGAAAUGGGAUGGUUGCCUCAUUUGGAACACUUGAAUUUGCAAGAAAACAAACUGGAUGGUGCCAUUCCCGAAGGACUCUUGGCAUUGCCCAAAUUGCAAUACUUGGAUCUGGGAGCAAAUCACAUGGGAGGAUUGGUCAAAUCGCUUCCACCCAAUUUGCUCUUUCUCAGUCUCGAACAUAACCGCUUUGAAGGAUCCUUGCCCAGCUUUCCAUUGUCCUUGGAAUCUGCCAAAUUGUCUCAUAAUCGCUGGUCUGGAUCCUUGCCGGACUUUGCUGUCAACAACAACUUGGAGUACUUGGACAUGGUCGACAACACUCGAAUCAAUGGAAGCAUUCCGACUUCCAUUGGAUAUCUCACCAAACUGCAAUCCUUGUCCAUUGCUCAAACCCAAUUGGAGGGAGAAUUGCCCACCCAGAUUGGCCUGCUCUCUUCUCUCGAAGAAAUAAGUAUGGGAUUGACCCAACUCAAUGGAACCCUUCCGGACGAAUUCUUUGAAUUGUCUAAAUUGCAAUGGCUUGUGGCGGUUCAUCAUCAGUUUGAAGGUCCUCUGUCUCCUUCCAUUGGCAAAUUGAAGAAUUUGCACGUUCUCAACGUGGUCCAUGGCUCGCUCAGCGGUCCGCUGCCAACAAAGGCGUUGGCAUCCCUCAAGAACUUGGUCUGGCUUCAAUUGGCGGACAAUCAUUUCACUGGUAGCAUUGAAAAAGAGUUGGCCACCAAUUGGAAUUUGGAAAAGAUUUGGUUGCACGGCAACCAAUUUCAGGGAGCCAUCCCCAAUGAGCUUUGCGGUUUGCCAGCGGCGCAACUAGACUUUCGAACCGAUUGCAAGUCGGGUGACAUUGAAUGCAGAUGCUGCACUCUCUGCUACUAA